AUGGGAUUUAGUGGCGAAAAUAGUACCAGUACAAGUGGACAAGGAAGUUUUAACAACUAUUUUGUAUCAAUUCCACAAAACCAAAAUAGCAUUAAUAAUUUAAACACAUCAAAUAUCACCCAAUUCCAAAAUCAAUUAGCUCAGCUUCAACAACAACAACAACAAUCAACACAAACAACGGAUGAAAAUCCUAAUAAUCAAAAUGCCGCUGUUAUUUUUCAAUCUAUGACUGUUUCUAAACCGGAUAUUGUUCACCAAAACAAUCCAAUCUACCAAAAUUUCAAUUUUGGUUAUUUAGGUGCUGAUAAAAUUCUUUACGAAUCUAUUUUAAAGAAACAAGGUAAAACUUUAGGUCUUUGGGCAAAAAGACGUUUUAGAUUAACUCAUUCAUCUUUAAUCAACUACUAUGACGAAACUGAUAACAAAGUUCACAGAGUUUUCCAUUUGGCUGACAUCUCAAUCUCUUAUAGAAAGAUGGCAACCGAUAGUGACGUUAGAAUUUGUUUGGUUAUCAAUGAUGGUACUAGAAAUCAUUUCCUCUAUGCACCAAUUCCACAUCAAACUGAAGCUUGGAUCAAUGCCUUGGUUACCCAAAAGAAAAUUAUUCAACAAUCAAGGUCCAACCAAAUCCUUCAAAACAUCACACCUCAAUAUCCUCCAUUUCCAUUAUCAACAUCACCACCACCAAACUUUAACAGUCACUUGUACCCACCAACAGCCCAAGUUAUCACACAACCACAAGUUGUUAGCAAUACUUUCAAUUUUUAUAAUUACCAAGCUCCUCCACAAUACCAACCACCACAAUACAAUAUCCCAAUUGAUAGAAGUAUGGAUGGUAAUCAAUUAUUAAACUUUAAUAAUGGUAGCAUUAAUUUAAUUGGUAGUUAUGUUGAACAACAACAACAAAUUCAACAACAAUUACAACAACAAAUUCAACAACAAAUGCAACAACAAAUACAACAACAACAACCACCACAACCAGUUUCAAAUGAUGUUCAAUGGAUUCAACAUAGAGUAGUUUCUACUGAUACUCUUGCUGGUAUUGCUAUAAGAUAUAACACCACUAUUGAUGUUAUAAAAAGAAUAAAUUUAAUUCAAGGUAACGAAUGCAUCACCCAUAAAACUUUGUUAGUUCCAGCAUCUGGAGUUAUUAAUCAAAAUGCAGUUCCACCACCACCACAAAUUAAUACUGAAGAAGAAAGAAGAAGAAAGUUGAUUCAAUUAUUAGCAGUCUCUGAAAAUAUCUCUAAAGAAGAAGCCAGAUCUUAUUUAGUUAAUAAUGAUUGGGAUUUCACCAAAGCAGUUAAAAACUUUAGGGAAGAUUUAGAUUGGGAGUCUAAUCAUAAAUAUAAUUAAAAUAAUAAUAAUAAUAAUAAUCAUUAAUAAUAUUUAUUAAUAAUAAUAACAAAAAAAAAAAAAUAAUAAUAAUAAUAUUAUAAUCCACACAACACAUCAAUCACAAUAAUAUAAUAUGUAUAGUUUUAAUAUUUAUAAAUAAUUUAAUUAAUUGUUUAAAAAUAUUAUAAUUAAAAAUCACUCAUUAUUAAAAUAAUAGUAAUCAUCAUAUAAUUAUUAUUGACAAUUUAUUUUAUAGUUUUUUUUUUUUAAUUGAAAAAAAAAAAAAUAGAAAAAAAUAAAUUUUUUGUAUCAAUAUCAUCUAUCAU